UUUAAUUUAGAGUUUGCGUAGCAGUGAAGUGAUUCACCACAAGUACCCUUCUUGACCAAUGUCAAGAUGAUAUCCCCUUCCGGUCCGGCACUCAGUCCUCCAUUUUGUACGUUGUGAUCUCUACCACGUCGGGUUCAACGGAGGCACCAUGAGUUCCCUGAAGCUUCAGAAGCGGCUUGCCGCUUCGGUUAUGCGAUGCGGCAAAAAGAAGGUUUGGUUGGACCCUAACGAAACUAACGAGAUCGCCAAUUGCAACUCCAGACAAAACGUCAGGAAGCUGAUCAAGGAUGGUCUUAUCAUCAAGAAACCCGUCGCCGUACACUCCCGUGCCCGCGUCAGGAAGAACACUAUUGCCAGGCGCAAGGGUAGGCACUGUGGUUUUGGUAAGAGGAAAGGUACCGCUAACGCCCGUACUCCCCAGAAGGAUCUGUGGGUGAACCGUAUGCGAGUUCUCAGACGGCUCCUCAAGAAGUACAGGGAAGCUAAGAAAAUUGAUAGACAUCUGUACCAUGCUCUUUACAUGAAGGCUAAGGGUAACGUUUUCAAGAACAAGCGUGUCCUGAUGGAGUACAUUCACAAGAAGAAGGCAGAGAAGGCCCGUACUAAGAUGUUGAAUGACCAGGCCGAGGCCCGCCGUACGAAGGUCAAGGAGGCACGCAAGCGAAGGGAAGAGAGGAUUGCCCAGAAGAAGCAAGAUCUUUUGCAAUCGUACCAGGAUGAGGCUGUUGUUGCCAAGAAGUAAUCUGUCAUAAGUUUAUUAAAUGAGGCUUCUCACAAAAACCCA